AUGGACACGUCUUCUCUGAAAUGUAUGGCCUUCCAUGGCUUCUCAGGGCAUUCGUCCGGCAAGAGCUUGAGAGCCAUCAAGGGGCUUCACGCCACACCGUCCGACUUAACUCAACGCGUUUCCGAGGAGAAUGUCAUUGCUGACUGUGUCUACCGAUCACAUCACCCUUGGAAAGCGGUGUGGGAUCGGAACGCCUUCUGCGGGUACUGCGACCGACUCGUGUCCAUCGGGAAUAACUUUCUGGGGUGCUUCGUCUGCAACUCUGUGGCGCACAGGAGCUGCCACUCCUCGAAUCUCCAGGCGCUUGUGGGGAGCCUCUGCGAGGAGGCGGUACGGCAGAUUGAAGAAGAGAAGGAACCCGAGUCCGUAGAUCGGAACCAGCUGCGGAGGACUAAAGUCGGAAACAAUGAAUGGGUGUGUAAGGACUGCUUGGAGGAGCUCACGGAAGCAUCGAAGGCAUCUUCUUCGCAUUCUUGA